AUGGCUGAUAUAUCCCGUAAUACUCCCCAUACUUCUCCUCCACAACGAGACCAGAACCCUACCAGAGGCAAUCGGAGACAACGUGGCGGCGCAUCAGCCAACGUGCAUACAGAUACCCAUCAGCGCCGCGAAAAGAGCGGUGGCAGAGGCGGCAGAGGCGGAGGAGGCAGAGGUUCGCGGGGUGCACGAGAGGGGGCACCGGAUGGAAGAAGGCAAACAAGACCACAAUCAGAAAGUCACUCUACGAUUCGGUCGGGCCAAUUCACAGAUGGGGACUACGGCGAACCACCCGGCUCAACCCCUCGGAGUGGAGGCACCUCCGGUGAUCGCCUGGCCGGAGAUGCCAAACGUACUGAGGGCGAGGGCGCGGCUGUGACCGCAGCUGCCGCGAUGGAUGAGGAGGCGGAUACCGGCGAAGUGUGCUUUAUCUACACGGUUUUGCUCCUGAGGUAUAACUGCCCGGAUACGGAGUGCGAUGUCGCAUGUCUGGGAUGGCCAGACCUACAUCGCCAUGUAAAGAGCCAGCAUCACAAGGUUAUGUGUGAUUUAUGUACUCGGAAUAAGAAGGUGUUUACUCAUGAACAUGAGCUCUUUUCGAUGACCCAACUGCGGAAGCAUGAGAAAUACGGAGACGAUAUCCCUGGCGCUAUUGAUCAAAGCGGUUUCAAAGGUCAUCCAGAGUGCGGAUUUUGCCGACAGAGGUUCUAUGGGGAUGAUGAACUUUACACGCACUGUCGAGAUAAGCAUGAGCGAUGCCAUAUCUGUGACCGACGCAAUGGAUCCCGGCAGCACCAGUAUUAUAUCAACUACAAUUCCCUCGAGGACCAUUUCAGCAAGGACCACUUCCUCUGCCUUGACAAGGAGUGCUUGGAGAAGAAGUUUGUAGUCUUUGAAUCACAAUUGGAUUUAAAGGCCCACCAAUUAGAGUGCCAUCCAGCGGGGCUCUCCAAGGAUGCAAGGAGAGAUGCAAGAACAGUUGAUUUAUCCACUUUCGACUACAGAACUCCCUACCAACCACAGCGGGGUGGAAGAGAGGGAAGAGGUGCAGGAAGAGGACGCGAUCCUAAUGCAGAAACUCUCCCUGUAUCCAGCGCGCAACCUUUGAGACGGGAUGAGCUGGCUUACCAAAGACAAAUCGCCAUUCAAAGCGCUCAAUCUGUCACUAGCAGGACAUUCGGCGGCCAGCUCACACCCAGCGGGGCUCAGACAGUUUGCGUGCCACCUCAAUCAGCUGCUCCCCCUCCCUCCACUACCCCAGCGACUCUUCCUCCCGCUUUCGAAGCGCUAGACCUUGGCCGUCCCAAUGUGACACCCUCUACUCCCCAGGAACAAGCCCGCAAAACUGCACAUGGCGCUGUGAUGGCCCGUGCGACAUCUCUCCUGCGCAAUGACUCACUCAAAGUAUCCGAAUUCCGCAACAAAGUGUCUUCCUACCGCACUGGUGCUAUCAACGCCCCCUACCUGAUAGAAUCCUUCUUCUCACUUUUCGACGCUUCAUCUAGCGAACUAGGCACUCUAAUAAAGGAGCUUGCCGAACUCUACGACGACAACUCAAAACGCACUGCCCUUCUCAAAGCUUGGAAUGACUGGCGCGCCAUAAAUGAAGACUACCCCGCCCUACCCGGGCCCAACGGGGUACUAUCAAAUACCAGUCCAAGUACCAGCGGCGGUGGAAAACGCGUGCUACGCCUAAAGUCGUCGACGGCGCAAUCCUCGCGCUCGGCUGUCGGGCGCAGCGGAAGCCUCUUAGGAACAUCAAACGGCAUCAGCACCAGCAGUAAUCCAUUUCCGCCCCUUGGAGGACCCACUGGCGGUAGGAACGCACGUACAUCAGCAUCACCUUGGUCGACUGUAACCCCUCCAUCUCGUUCAGCAGGGAGUUCACCGGCCCCCUCCCGCCCGUCUCUAUCAAGUGGCCCCAAAUCUGCCACGCCCGCAGCUCCCUUCACACGAGGCACUAACGCGGACGCCUUUCCAGCGCUCCCUGCCGCUCCGAAACCCAACACCCUCAUGGCGGGACUGACGCGUGGUACGGUUCGAUGGGGUGGUACAUCGUCAGGCAAUGCGGCACCUUCUCCAUGGGGCAGGGGAGGGGUUAAUCCUACUCCUGCGGAGGCUGUGAGUAGCAGCCAUUGUCAGUUUCAUUUAUUUACUAUAAUAUUUGUUUUUAACCCGCGCUCAAACAGAGACGAAAAAAAACUAGCAAUCCUUCAAUCAAGCAAGCUUUACACCUUCCACAGAUCUCGCCCUCAUACCCGCUCGCAUUCUCGCGUCCUGCCCUCUGGCUCAGUAGUGGCGGAUGAUGAUAUUCCCCCACGCCCAAGCUCUGCUCACGAUCGCCCGCCAGGAGCAUUUGAGAGCUCUAUUAAUGAGCCCGAUCCUCCUGAAACGCCGUUCCGAUUCGAAGCUGGAUUGAAUACAGCUCCUGACACAGUCAGGCCUGCGGCCCGACCUACCCAACCUACCCAAUCUACCCGAACCACCCGACAGCUCAGUGAGGCUGGUUCUCAUCAUGAUGAGGCGGCUCGACGUUCUGAGGCCUUGCUUUCCGACGAGGUCUUGUCGGACGUGCAAUUGCAACGCCUCAUGAUGACCUUUGAGAUGGAGAAGGAGAGGCGUAAGAUCAUGGAGGAAAAACGGAAGGCUCUGGAAAUCGAGUUAAAACUAGAAGAAAUGCGUGCUCGCAGAGCCGCGAAUAACCCUCAGAAUGCUGAUAAUAAUACACCGACUACUCCUACAGCCCGAACGCACACAUGGGACCCGGAUCUUGGUGAAAGAUUGGAGUAUAACCUCUAUGAUCCGGACAGCCGUGUCGGCAAGGCAAUCGCCCAAUUUAAAGAAGAUGUAAAAUCAAUGACCAAGCCGAACGCUCUGACCGGCACGUCAAAUUUCCUCACAUGGAACGCGUCAAUGAAGACCAAGCUGGUUGACGCGCAGUGCUGGGGUAUAAUAGAAAAGCAGCAGGUUCAGAACCCCCUGCAGGACCCCGAAUGGGCUCCCUUUUGGGACGCCCGAAACCGUUGGACCUACGCGUUCAUUUCGAACUCUUUGGGUGCGAACGUCAGGCCACGUUUCAUAAAAAAUGAUGAGAAUAGGAUUGCUUACACCCUCUGGCGGGCAAUUGAGGAGGAAUACUCUAUCCCCAAGACCCAGCUCCGCCGAGAGGCAGUCCUAGAAUUCACAUCGCUUGGUGGCACUCAGGUCACUAACGUGCACAGUUUCUUUGAUAAGUUCCGUGCCGCGAUCAUGAAGUUGGAAAUGAUGGAUGCUCACCCGCCUGACGCGUGGGUAUUUGACAUAUUCUAUUCCGCCCUUCCGAACGUUUGGAGGGGUUAUGUACAGAAGAAGAUUGAGGAGGCCCAAGAGUCCAAAUCGACCCCGGUUGUAUUGGACGUUCACCUUCUCAUGGAGGAGAUCCGAUCUCAAUUGGACCCUCCAAAAGAUAAAAAGCCCGCACAAUCGGUGAAUACAGCUGCCAACGCUGCCCAAUCGGGGGCCACAGCAGCUGCCGAUUCCGCGAACAAUAAUAGCGCGAAUACAUCUAACUCGGCCCGUGGAGGUCGUUCCGGACGCGGUCGUGGCGGCUCCCGCGGCAGUGGCCGUGGUGGAGCUGGCAAUCCGCCGACCUGCUCCGAGUGCAAUAGAUCCCACUUCGGCACUGUCUGUUGGUUUACGAAUCCCGACCAGGCGCCCGAUGAUUGGAAGGCCAAUAAUGCUACUAAGUUAAAGGAGUUCAAAGAGAAGGAGAAGGCGAAGAAGGAUAAGGACAAUAGUGGGGGCAAGACCCAGUUAGUGAUUACGGACGGGUCAGAGUCCUUUCAGAUGGCGAACCUUGCAAAGGUUAUAAAUGUGCCGGCCUGCUUUGUGGAACCCCACAAGGAUCCCCUAACCAUAUGGGAUAGCGGCGCUGGCUGCCAUAUCGCGAGCGAUAGAUCACGAUUUUCAAUGCUUUUUACGAUCGACGGUCCUACGGUCCAGGUGGCCAACAAGGCCGUUCUGAAGGUCCAAGGCGUCGGCAUGGCGUCCAUCCCAGUCGGCGAGAGGUUGAUUGAAUUCAAUCACGUAUACUACGUGCCAGGACUGUCAGCUAACCUCAUCUCCGCUGGGCUUAUGGAACGGCAGGGCUAUAUUCGCCGUGAUAUGCACGUUGACGCUGGAAAUUAUUUUGAGUUCCUGUCCCCUACUGGCAAUGACGUGUUCUAUGCCAACCUUUCCCGCAAUAAUAUUUACAUCCUAUCCGACAGUCCUCCGACGUUUGACGGCGUUAUGAAUGACCAAGAAUAUGGGGCGGUCGCGUACGUGGCUGUUCCGAAACCAAAGACAAUUUCAACGGAUUAUGAUCCGAACGCAGGGUCCCUAGGGCCGUUCAACCGUGAGGAGGUUGAGCAAUUGAUUAACCCCAAGGAUCCGGAUACGGAUUCCUUCGUCAUAUCCCCACCUAACCGACUCCCUGCCGUGGUCCCGAAGCAACUGCCGUUUGAUGAAUGGCACCGUAGAUUGGGCCAUAUCGGCGAAAAUAAUAUAUUGAAGAUGGCCAGGGACCCUCGCUUCGGAAUUGCCAUUAUCGGCCCGAAGAAGUUGUCAUUCUGCGCCACGUGCGUCAAAGCCAAGCAGAGGCGCGCUACGUAUAAGAAUUCCGCACCACGCCGUGCCACUCGCAAAGCUCUUAAGAUUUGGGUGGAUAUUUUCGGCGGAGGUGAGACCCUAGGAACCGAAAAUGACAUAUCCUCCUACGCCGGCAAGAAACUUGCCAUGGUCAUUACAGACGACGCAACGCGAAUGAGAUGGAUUUUCCUACUGGAACGCAAGGAUGAGACGUUGAAAUAUUUACGAAUCUUCAACCAAUUCAUCAAGAACCUGCUGGGCCGUGGCAUCGCGAUUAUACACUCCGAUCGCGGCGAAUUGAAUUCGAACGCGGCUACGGCAUAUAUGCUUAGCGAGGGGAUUAAGUGGGAACCCACUCCCCCCCAUACUCCACAACAAGAUGGGGUAUCCGAACGUUCGAUCGGGUUAAUUAUUGAAAAAGCCCGAUCGCUAUUAAUAGACUCUUCCGCUCCCGAAAAGAUGUGGGGUGAGGCGGUUAUUGCGGCCACGGAGCUGCUCAAUCUUAUGCCGACCUCCACGAUUCUAUAUGGCGGUCCCGAAAAUAUGAAGCCGAUUACCCCAUAUGAGGCAUGGCUUGGAGCGCUCCCGUCGGCCCGUGGAAUCCGCCGUUGGGGUUGCAAGGCGUUCCUGAAAAUAGUCCCUAAGCCCACGAAUAAGAUGGCUUCCCGCUCAUUAGAGCUAAUUUUUGUAGGUUACGAUGGCUUUACCAAUUACAGGUUGGUUGACCCUUCCAAUGGGCGUCUAUAUAUAUCCAAAGACGUCAUUUUCCAGGAGGAUCUUCACCUUAUGGAUCCGUCGGCCCCAGCCACUGGGCACCCGAAGACCCUACCCACGGCGGCCCGUCAGGCGGCUGCAGCGAUUCCUUCGCCGAUUCCUUCGCCGACUCCUGGCCCGAUUCCUUCAGUUAAUGACCUAUUCAUCGAUGAAGAAGUCCAACCCCUCCGUCCGCUAUUCCUAGUUCCCACCAAUAAUUGGUGGAUAGACUAUGAAAUAUCAGCGAGAAUACCGACCUUUUUGGUGCAGAAUACACCGAUUUCCCCUAGCCCUCCUAUUGAGAUUGAGGAUACCCCGACAAUUACAGGGAAUAACGAUUCAGUGGGGGAAUCUUCAGUGGGGGACGGUUCCGAUGAUCUGCCUUCCGAUCCCGAGAUAUAUGGGUUGCCGAUUCCGAAGAAUCUCACGCGCGCUAAGGCUUCCCCUGAGUGGAAGUUCUACUAUAAGGCCUGCGUUAAAGAGGUUAAUCGCUUAAAGCAAAUUGGGGCCUGGCGAUUAAUUGAAAGAACCCCUAAUAUGGCAGUCCUUCGGGGCCAAUGGGUGUUCGACAAGAAGUUCAAUAAUUUGGGUAAAGUCGUCCGCUAUAAGGCCCGCUGGGUGGUCUGCGGCAAUUAUCAACAAAAGGGUGUCAACUAUUCGAAGACCUUUGCACCCGUCGUUUCCGCCUCCACGGACUCUACGGUCUUAAGCAAGCAGCGCUUUUAUGGCUUCCGUGUCAGUCCUUACGAUGCUGGACUGUUCAUUCAUGACGCGAGAAAGGUCUAUAUGACUGUAUACGUGGAUGACGUACGCCUAUACGGCCCGAAGAUCGAAGAUCUCAACUGGGCCAAGGCCGCAAUCGCCGCUAAUUACGAAAUCAAGGAUGUGGGCGAUUCGAACCGAUAUUUGGGCAUGAAGAUUGAGCGGGAUUCGACCUCCCUUACGUUGUCCCAACCCCUAUUUAUUACGAAUCUUCUGGAGGAAUUCGCUAUGGAUGACUGCCACCCUACGUCUACUCCCAUAGAGGAGAACGUUGAUUUCAUGAAUGACAAUGAGGAACCGGUCGCUUAUACGGCGGAAUUUACCCUACGCUCCUAUCAGUCAGGCAUUGGAUCCCUGCAAUACCUUGCGACCAAUACACGUCCUGACGUUAGCUUUGCAGCAGGCUUUCUAGGCCGAUUCAGCGCCCGCCCUACCUCGAAGAAUUGGGCCGCUUUCAAACGUACGCUCCGCUACUUGCAGGGCACGAUUAAUGCGGCUAUUUUAACCUACUACAAAGACGCCGAUAUCGAACCCGUGGCGUACGCCGAUGCCGAUUGGGCCGGUAGGGAUCCGGGAUCCCGCUCAACUACCGGCUACAUCAUAUAUAUGGCGGGGGGCCCCGUCGCCUGGCGAAGCUGCCGGCAGACAGGGGUCUCCAAAUCAUCAACCGAGGCCGAAUAUAUCGCAUCCUCCGAAGCCGCAUAUGAGCUCGUCUGCCUACGGGAGCUCCUAGAAGAUGCCGGUUUCGUGCCGUCCCGCCUCAAUAAUCUGGAUGCCGACGAUCACCCCAACCCACCUCCGGCGAAUGGCCUUGCUUAUACGAUUCAUGCCGAUAACAAGUCUGCCAUCGAGCUAUCCUCUUCCGAAGCGAUUCCGCGCCGAUCGAAGCAUAUAGAGGUCCGAUUCCAUAUCCUUCGGGAUCUCGUCCGCAAGAAUGAGAUAUCGGUCCGUUACUAUGAACAAAUUAACGUGUAUAUGCACGAGGGCUUCGUCAAUAUCUGA